CAACUAUUUUCUGAUAUUGUCGAUCGGCUCGACACGAAACGUGCGAAACUUAUAUCGCGCUAUCUGAUAUCGUUCACGUUAACAGACCGCUACCCUCGGAGGUAAAAGCCAGAAUUGACCAGUUCCGCAAAAUCUUCGGUCCGCGCGACGAUCUACUGAUUUCCAAGGUGGUGUGCAAUUUGUGAUUUGAAAAACGAAUCAGGAUGCCGACGUGCGCCUGCCAGGACAGGACUCUGGACGAGUCGGAGGAGCACGUUUGCUCGCUAAAGCUACCUAUGGAGCAGGACAAGGUCAUGGAACCCAGAGAAUACGUCGAUCCGGUUAGGUACAGCGAUGGCUCCGUACGAUUACGAAAUCCCAAUAUCGAACUUAUGGAUCAGGACAUAUUGUACCAUCUCGCACUUGGCAGCGGUUCCCACGAUCUGGUUGAGAUGUUUGGUGACGUUAAGUUCGUCUGCAUGGGCGGAACACCGAAAAGGAUGGAACAUUUCGCUAACUACAUCAUGCAGGAGAUAGGUCACAAGCUGCCAGCUGGAACGACCCUCCUCGAUAUCACCAAAAAUUCCUAUCGCUAUUCAAUGUACAAAGUCGGCCCGGUUCUCUCUAUCAGCCAUGGAAUGGGUAUACCUUCAGUAAGCAUUCUGCUCCAUGAAGUUAUCAAGCUGAUGUACCACGCAAAAGUGAAGGAUCCAAUUUUCAUCAGAAUUGGCACUUGCGGUGGUAUCGGCCAUGAAGGUGGUACGGUAAUCAUCUCGGAAGAAGCUCUCGAUGAAAUGAUGAAACCUUACAUGGAAUUGAUGGUACUCGGAAAAUUGGUGCGCCGACCAGCCAAACUCGACCGGCAGCUAGCUCGCGAUCUAAAGGGCUUGGCCCAUCGCGAUGAUCCUUAUGACACCGUGAUUGGCAAAACUAUGUGCUCAAACGACUUCUACGAGGGCCAAGGCCGCCUGGACGGCGCAUUCUGUGAAUUCACCGAGGCCGACAAGAUGGAAUACCUCAUGAAGUUACAGAAGGCUGGCGUGGUGAACAUCGAGAUGGAAAGCCUCUGCUUUGCCGCUCUAACACAUCACGCUGGCAUCCAAUCCGCCGUCGUGUGCGUAACGCUGUUGGACCGGCUCAAAGGCGACCAGGUUCUGGCGCCCAAAGAAGUGUUGGAAGAAUGGCAGAUGCGACCGCAGAAGCUGAUCGCACGCUAUAUCACCACGUACCUUCAGCGCAAGGGUCGCCUCUCCCUCGAAGGCUCACACGGUUCCAUGUACGUGAAGAGCCCGCGCCGAUUCAAACUGGUGCAGCAGGAAUCCGAGAAUUACGAUUAAAUGAUUCUCAAACAAAUCUGAAUGUGCAGCCGCGAAGAUCUCUCAAGAUGCAAUGGGACAUGUCGCCGUC